AUGGCUCAGUUGGGAGCAGUUGUGGCUGUGGCUUCCAGUUUCUUUUGUGCGUCUCUUUUCUCAGCUGUGCACAAGAUAGAAGAGGGACAUAUUGGGGUGUAUUACAGAGGCGGUGCCCUACUGACUUCUACCAGUGGCCCUGGUUUCCAUCUCAUGCUCCCUUUCAUCACAUCAUAUAAGUCUGUGCAGACCACACUGCAGACAGAUGAGGUGAAGAACGUGCCUUGCGGGACUAGUGGUGGUGUAAUGAUCUACUUUGACAGAAUUGAAGUGGUGAACUUCUUGGUCCCAAACGCAGUGUAUGACAUAGUGAAGAACUACACUGCUGACUACGACAAGGCCCUCAUCUUCAACAAGAUCCACCACGAACUGAACCAGUUCUGCAGCGUGCAUACGCUUCAGGAGGUCUACAUCGAGCUCUUUGAUCAGAUUGAUGAAAAUCUCAAGCUGGCUUUGCAACAGGACCUGACCUCCAUGGCCCCCGGGCUCGUCAUCCAAGCUGUGCGGGUGACAAAGCCCAAUAUACCCGAGGCGAUCCGCAGAAACUACGAGUUGAUGGAAAGCGAGAAGACAAAGCUGCUCAUUGCAGCCCAGAAACAGAAGGUGGUGGAGAAGGAAGCUGAGACAGAGCGCAAGAAGGCCCUGAUCGAGGCAGAAAAAGUGGCUCAGGUGGCAGAAAUCACCUAUGGGCAGAAGGUGAUGGAGAAGGAGACCGAGAAAAAGAUUUCGGAAAUUGAAGAUGCUGCCUUUCUGGCCCGGGAGAAGGCAAAGGCUGAUGCUGAGUGCUACACCGCUAUGAAAAUCGCUGAAGCAAACAAGCUGAAGCUGACCCCUGAGUAUUUGCAGCUGAUGAAGUACAAAGCCAUUGCUUCCAACAGCAAGAUUUACUUUGGCAAAGACAUCCCGAACAUGUUCAUGGACUCCGCAGGCGGUCUGGGCAAGCAGUUCGAGGGGCUAGCUGACAAGCUGAGUUUCGAUGAUGACCCCUUGGAAGCAGACCCUGAGGAGAAUUGA